UGUUACAGGCUUGUUUGUGGCAGACAUUUGACUGAUACUUAUAGACCCUUUACAAGUAUGCUAAGUAGGGGAGGUUUAAUCUCAUCCUGUAUUUCUUCUUCUUUGAAAUGCUUCUCUUCUUCAACUUCUAAUGUGCUCAAAGUUGGAGAUAUCUUGAGCCAUACCAGAAUCUUCACCAGUGAAGAUGUUUUGGAAUACUCCAAAGUGAGUCAUGACUCAAAUCCUCUGCAUUUUGAUUCUGCUUUAGCCCGACGUGCUGGAUUCGACGAUCGUCUUGUUCAUGGGAUGCUUGUUGCAUCAAUGUUCCCUCAUGUCAUUUCCUCUCAUUUUCCAGGAGCUAUCUAUGUGUCACAAAGCUUGAAUUUUAAGUUACCAGUCUACGUCGGAGAGACGAUCAUUGUUCGGGUUGAAGCAAUCGACUUGAGAGAAAUUAAGAAGAGAUACCUGGUGAAAUUCCAAACGAAAUGCUUGAGGAAUGGCGACGAGCUUGUUCUGGAUGGUGAGGCAAGGGCCAUAUUACCUUCCACAGAUGGUUAGACGAUGAUCGUCUAAGUCUCAACCGCUUCCUUGUACUUGGAUCGAAGGGCUAGAUGUGGUUGAAGGAGCAAAGUUUUCCAUUUGAAUUCAUUCAAUUUCUUCCUUGCUCUCUGUGGAUAAAGGAUGUCAAGCCUGGGAAUAGUCUGACCUCUAUUUGCUUUUACUUCAUCUCUUAUUGAUAGGUUAUGAACAAUAUCUGGACCUGUUUCUUUCAAUAAAUUUGCCAUGAGCCUUGUGAUCU